AUGUGGAGAACUGCCUCAAUGUAUAUGAUUGGAAAAUUAUUAAACAGAACUGUUUAUUAUGAAAGUAUUUAUAAAUGCUUUACUGAAUACAAACAGGAAUUUGAAAUUACAUUUAAAAAUGGAGGUCAACUUGUUAAAUUAAUGAUAUCAUUCGGAAUUGGCUGUUGUGACUUUGAUUCGCCGUACAGACUUGAAGGAGAAAAUGCCCAAAUAAUUCAAGUUACUGGAAGUGAAUUUAAAUCAUUUAAAUAUUUUGAAGAUUCUAGAGAAGAAAUUCACAAAAUGUUUGAAUUUAAUGAAGAUAUUAAAUUAGCUGCUGAUGAAGCUGCAGAAGGAAUUUUUAGAAAUUACACACCCGAAUAUCGUCUUUGUUUACAUACACAUAAACAUGAAUAUAUUGAAUCAGGGCAGUCUAGUACUUUAGAAUUUAUUGAAGGAUCUAUUAAGUUUAUUAUUCAAAGACAUCAAGUAAUUUUUAAAAUAAAUUUUUAUUUUAUUUAUUAUUUUCAGUCAACUAAUUUAAAGAAUAUUGCCAUUAUAUUUUUUGGUAGUGAUAAAAAUUUUCUUUAUGAAAUUGAGCCGGAAGAAGUAUAUUUAUUAAUAAAUUAUGAUUUUUAUUAG